AUUCUUCGUGGGAUCACCUACGUGUGUAGUCGGCACUUUGCCCCAAAAGAUAUACAUACGUACAUCAGCCAGUGUACGACUUUGGAUAAAAAAAGGGCAGUUCAGUCUAGAUUCCACUGGAAUGACCAGGGUAUACUAAUUAUUUUAUUACAGUUUCCUUUUCCAUCCAUCCAUUAUCGAUCAAUCUAAAUAUUUAUUUUACAUUUUCUUUUUAAUACAGUUUCCAUUCAUACAUAUAAAACAUCCAGGUAUUGAUUUUUGACAGCAAUAACUUGACCUGUAUAAUACAUAAAUCAUUUGAGAUAUUUACGGGACUGAAAAUGUAUCAUUUAUGCCUCCUGAUGCAAUGGCAAAGGAUCGUGACUAUACUUUCCAUCCUUGUCCAGAUGCAGCUCUAGGGUAAACCGGAAAUAAAGGCAAGUGCUGAAGUUACCUGACGUCACGUACGCCUGUUAUAAGAGGGGAAAACGUCGUUCUUUUUGUCAGUCAACAUUUGUUGUAAGUUGGUGUACUACGCACAAACUUUAACAAUGACAGUAAUGCAUACUUUGAAUGCUUAUUUGACCGAGCGCUUAACGCUGGCCGCUCGAGAGAUACUAGAAGUUGUGGGAAAUACGAUUUUGGAGUACCAGGAGGAAACUAGUCGACUGUUGAGGGAUAACGAAGAGCUUCGGCAGAGGCUCCGAGAGAUCGAGGCAAAAGAUCUAAUGUCGGAUAGCAACUAUCCUGUUAUUCUCUCUGUCUUCAGUGGAGCUGCUUCUCCCAGUCAACAACUCCAUGAGCCACAGUAUAAUUCCGGCCUGGAGGAGGACAGGGAACCUCCGCAGACUGACAUUAAGCAGGAAUUCCUCGGGCAGCAUGAGAGCAAACCAGAGCAGGGAGUCGUGGACCUGAACAAGCAGGCAUCAGCCCUCACGUGUGCCGAAAACCCUUCUGAACACAGGAUCCUCCAACCCUCACUUCCUUUUGAGGAGAAGACUGAAGAAGUGGGGUGUCUUCCUCUCAUGUUACCGGACCAGAUUAAGUCUGAGCUGGAUGAACUGGAUUACAAUAUACAAAAACAAUCCAUUGCCUCACAGCCAGUAAACAGAGUAAAUAAUAACAGUAAUACUGCUGAAAGUAAAAACUGUGCAGAAAGGAAAUGGAUGGACCGUGGUGGAGUAAUGGCAGAGCCUAAUGAACAGGACUCCAGUAGAGAAGUGUGUGACAUCCCAGUGGGUGGUGGAUCGCAGCAUCUCCCUUGUACCUCAUUAAGAGCUGAAAAGGGUGACAAACCAACCAUCACAUCAAAGGCUGCACAGAGAGAGACUGCGCUGACCGGUCAAGAGAGAAUCUACAAGAGACCUGAAUCAGCAGGUAUGGACGGAGCAACACCACCACCGGCUAUACCCGAAGCCUUAUUAAAUGAAAUAGACAUUAUCAACGACGCUAAUAAUGAAAAUGAUGCGGAUUACUCUGCUCAACACGACUCGCCUCCCGCGGCGUCUGAUGAAACAGUGGCCCCCCCGGAUUCUGAAUUGUGGGAGGCUUUGUCAGACGCAGAAUUUCUUCUCGAUGCUGAGGAGAUUGAAAAUGAAUUGGGGCUGGGACAAUUUGAAAAUGUUGAACGGGAAGGUGGCGCUGGUGUCGGUGAUGUGGACCCCCAGCCUGACGGGGUCGUUCAUCGCCGCAGAUUCAAUAACGUACAGAUUAGGCGGAUUCUCAAUAUCCCGCAACCUAGAAACGAAGGCAAUUUCCGCGAGUACUAUGAAAAUGUAAUCGAGGGGUUUCAAAAUAUUGUGAAUGAGGCAAUACCUUACGCCGCAUGGGGAGCUUAUAUACAGGUCACCCUGCGCGGUGACUUUUUAAACGACGAGCUGUCGCAAAUUGUACGGUAUGGGGAGGGGGAGCUGACAGACUUGCAGCAACUGCUGGAUCGCCUGGUGCAGUCUAAUCAAGAGAUUUUAAACGAUUCCAACCUAGAAGUAAUCGUAGACGUAAUAAAUAUCCCACGUGGCGGCGGGAACAAACGUAAACUACAGACCAUGUUAGCUUCAGAAAUAAUUUCUAAAAAAGCCAGACACAUGUUUAUCAUUAAUAACAACACCAACGCGUGUUUCGCCAUAAACUUGGCGCAUCUGCUGCACGAAAACUUCACUGACGCCGAGGGUGAAAAGCUCGGCCUAGAGUUACAGGAGAAAGCGGGAUUCACCCCCAACCACGCCGUUGCUUUGAAUGACAUUAUCAAUUUCGAGAAAAUCAUUGAUUGCAAAGCAGUGGUGUAUUAUCAGCAACCUUAUUCAAACAAUCUCCAAAUUUACCAGACACCCACACCUAUCGACAGUAGACGGGUGGUGUAUUUCUUUUUACACAAUCAGCAUUUUUACGGCAUUAAAAGCAUAAAGGGGUUCUUAGGGGUGGGCUACGUUUGCGCGAACUGUUUCAAAGGGUAUGACUUGCCUCACAGUCAUCGCUGCGAAACAUUAUGCAACGUCUGUCACACUAAUUGUAGAGGUGAAAGCACAUCUUCGAUACUGUGUGAGCGGUGUAAUUUCAGAUGCUCAAAUGACACGUGCUUUGAGCGUCACCGUACACCGAGGGUCUGCCCAGUUAGGGGGGAGCUUGCUAGCCCCUGUGACAAGUUCAGAAAAUGCGAAGCUUGCGGGCUCAGAUACUACCAAAGUCCCAAGAACCCAAAACCGCACACGUGUAAAGCAGUAAAAUGUAAUAUCUGCGAUGCUAAACUCCGCACAACCGAGUCAGACAUAUCCACCCCACAUCUCUGCUAUCUAAAUCCACCCGAGAAGCCUAACAGAGGGGAACGGGCCAAAAGGGGUGAGGACGGUAAAAAGGCCCCCGAAUAUGUGUUUUUUGACUUUGAAACAUCUCUGAGCUCGGGUACCCAUAUCCCGGUUUACGUCUGCGCCAUCUCCGAUCAGAAUGAGACAAUGACCGCCGAGGGGCCCGACUGCGCGCUACAGUUUCUCAGACAUUUCAGGGCGCCCUUCUAUAGAGGCGUCUGUUUCAUUAGUCACUACGGAAAGGCAUUCGAUAAUUACAUCGUACUGAACGCGAUGGUGAAGGAAGGCGUGGAACCGCGUGUGGUGUCACAGGGGAAUAAAAUCAUUCUCAUCCUGGACAGCGUGUUUGAGCAAAGGUACAUCGACAGUCACUCCUUUCUAAGCAUGCCGUUGAGAAAAAUCCCCGAUGCGAUGGGAUGCUCAACUCAGAUGCGAAAAGGCUAUUUUCCGCAUCAUUUCACAGACAUGGAAAACUUUAGUUACGUGGGGCCCUACCCCCCUCCCGAUCAGUUUGGCCCCGAUCAAAUGCCCGGCAAAGAACGCGUCAAGUUUUAUCAAUGGUACGACGGUGUAAAGCAUCAGACCUUUAAUUUUCACAAAGAGAUGAUCGCUUACUGUAAGAACAAUGUGAAGAUUCUGAGAGAGGGCUGCUUGCGCUUCCUGCGGGAGUUUAAAACGCUCACAGGUUGCGAUCCCUUCUCCACGGCGACCAUCGCUUCGGCCGCGUUGCUGGUUUACAGGACAAAGUUCCUGCCCAGAGAUACGAUUGCGAUCCCGGAUGUAUGGGAUUACAGGAGGCAAUACAAAAGUUAUUCGAACGUGGCGAUCCAGUGGCUGGAAUUCAUUGGGCGCACGCGCGGCAUCGAAAUUCGACACGCGCUACGUGGGGGUGAAGUGAGUGUGGGGCGCUUUCACCUAGACGGAUACGCUGAGGUAGAGGGAGAGAAAUGGGCUUUCGAGUUUCUAGGCUGCCAGUUUCACGGCUGUCCUACCUGCAACAACGAACACGAUAUCUGCCCACUGACCCGCGAGAGCUUUGGUGCCCUGUACGUUAAAACAAGGGAAAAACUCGAGGUGUUGCACCAAGAGUUUAAUAUGAACGUAGAAUCCAUUUGGGAACACGAAUGGGCUCACGCUAAAACUCACGACCCACAGGUACAGCAUUUCCUAUCAGACUUUGAGCCCCCUGAGCCCCUAAGGCCGCAAGAAGCGCUGUUUGGGGGUCGGACGUCGGCGAUUCGCCUGCGUUACGACGUCACGGGGCAAGAGCGCGUCCGCCACGUGGAUUUCACGUCACUGUACCCGUACACUCUGGCUAAAUGUGAAUUCCCCGUGGGGCACCCAGAAAUCAUUCAUUCAAAUUUUAAGCCUCUGAAUGAAUACUUUGGCCUGAUCAAAGCCACGGUCAACACCCCGCGCGAGCUGUUUUUCCCCGUCCUACCCAGCAGACUGCCAAAUGGGAAACUCGUGUUUACACUGUGCAGGACGUGCGCGAUCGAGAACAGACAGGAGGGGGCGUGCGGGCAUUCUGAUACAGAGCGGGCGUUGACCGGUGUGUGGGUCUCUGCGGAGCUCAAUCUGGCUUUAGACAGGGGCUAUUCGGUUGUGAAGGUGCACGAAGUGUGGCAUUUUCCCCAGACCAGCGGCGAGCUGUUUAGAGAUUACAUUAAAACCUUUCUCAAAGUGAAGCAGCAGGCUUCGGGCUACCCCGACGACGCGACCGAUGACGAGGGUCACAGGGAGUACAUUAAAAACUAUCUUGAGCGUGAGGGGAUCGAAUUGGAGCCCGAUAAGAUGGUGUCUAACGGGGACAAGAGGCAGGUGGCCAAGCUUCUGGUUGACUCUCUGUGGGGUAAACUGGCACAGAGGAGCAACAUGCUCCAGACAUGUAUAGUGUCUGACCCGGGGGUGUUUUUUAAUUUUUUCUGCUCGGACCUGUACAAGAUUUCCAGCUUCGCGUUUGUCAACGACGAGGUGGCCCUCAUCCGCUGGCGUUACAAGUCUUCCUACAAAGUGCUGCCGGGAAAGACUAACAUAUUCAUAGCGUGUCAAACUACCGCGUGGGGCCGGUUGACGCUUUACAAAGAACUGGAAAAAUUGGGGCGGAGGGUGCUGUAUCACGACACCGACAGCAUCGUGUACAUAAGCAGGCCGGGUGAAUAUGAGCCGACCUUAGGCAAUUACCUGGGCGAGCUGACGUCCGAAUUAGCCCCCGACGAAUACAUUGCUUCGUGGGGUGCGCUGGGACCAAAAAGUUACUGUUACCGACUCAACAACGGGAAAACACAAAUGAAAUGUAAGGGUAUAACUCUAAAUUACGAAACCUGUCAAAAGGUAAACUUUGACAGUAUGAUCGGAUUGAUUGAAAACUACAUUGGAGGCUGUAGGAAUAACCCCACUAUAAUGACGCACUACAACAAAAUCGAACGUGACAUGAAAAGUUUUCGCCUGUUUAAUAGGCCUCUAGAUAAAAAGGUCAGUGUCGUCUACGACAAACGCAGAUUGCUGGCUAGCGGGGAAACUCUGCCUUUUGGUUACUGAAAUGUAAAACUAGCAGCAUCGCAAAAGGGGUGUUGCGCGUCUUUAAAAAAUUCUUUUCAAAGAUGUUAAUUUGUUUUAAACUGAAAAAUGUUCAUAGUGAGAUGUUUUUUAAAAUCAACGUAAGAUGUACAAAUGUUUUAAAAAUGAAAAAUGUUCAUAGUAAGAUGUUUUUAAAAUGAAGUUUUUCCAAAGAUGUUUUUUUAAAAUCAAAGUAAGAUAUUCAUUUGUUUUAAAAUGUUCAUAGUAAGAUGGUUUUAAAAUGUAACUUGUGUGUGUUUUUAUUUUUCAAACUUGUGUACUGAAAUGUUUUGUACAUUUAUCACAAGAGUUUUUAUAAAAACUUUUACCCACGCACUUUGUGUCUGUGAAAGCUGACACCCCUGCAGCAGCAGUUUGCGUGCGUGUGUGUGUGCGUGUGUGUGCGUGUGUGUGUGUGUGCGUGUGUGUGUGUGUACGUGCGUGUAUGUACGUGCGCGCGGAAAGAUUUAAAAGAUUAGGGCAGUGUUUUCCGUUUCAUCAGUGUUUUUUUUUUUUUUUUUUUUUUUUUUUUUUUGCAAGAUGAUGGUUAGCGGCGUGAGAACGGUUUGCUGGGUAUGUGUCGGCCAUUGACGGAGAGGCUCAGAAAUUCCAGGUCACAAUGCUGAAACCUGAACGGUAGCUGCCAUAUAUUCAGCAUUCUCUUGUCCAGCUCCCCGGUCGCGUCCCACUUCAUAAAGGUGCUAUGUUGUUUACCAUUGCCAGCAUCUCUAUAGUGCAUCUCCAUUCUACCAAUGUCCGGCUCAAAGUCGGGGUCGGUGCUCUCCUCCAUCAUCGGGGUAACGACAGUCUUCAAGUUUCCCCAUUCCGUUUCGGAAAAACUCACCAGAUACGGGUCGUCUUUCGCGGGGUCUGGGCCGUCUCCGGUGACCUGAGACGCGCAGUUCCUCCGCAACGUUGUCAAAGAGGCAGACCAGUUUAUCCCCGUUGGGCAGCUCCCAGGUAGCCCUCGGGUCUUCCGACGCUCGCAUCAUAGGUACCCGUCUACAUGCCGUACGAAUCUUCCUGGGAGCCCCCGGAGGCCGCAUAACAGCCUCCUGCUCCUGCUGAGUCUUUGAAGGUGAGGUUGGAUCUUUCAUUUUAGGAGUGCCGGACAUGUCUGUAUUUUUUAAAAGAAUUAGUGUUGGCCCUACAGCGCAAAGCUCCCUAUAUUCUCCACGGCCUGCUGGUGGGGGCGUGGUACGCAUGGUAAGGCCUCGUGCCUCUUUACCAUAGGAGGAGGAGGAAAACCCCCCUCGACGUAAUAAAAUUAUCUGUACUUGUGCGCGGUCAUAUAUGAAAAACAAAACUUCAAACAGAAUUUACUGGGAGACAAAAUGUCCAACUUGAUGUGUGGGCCCAAGUUAUUAGAGAUGACCCGGAUGACCUACCGCGAUGUACAAAAGUGCGGCCCCAUACGCUGAUGUAAUACAAACGCUUGCGUGAGGAAAAACACAUACACGGUCAAAACUACCGCCAAGCGUUUUUAUUGGACGUCAGACCCUCCGCCUCCUCUCAUUCUUUGCUCCAACUUUCAUUUUCUCCCAGAGUGUU